AUGGCGCAAGAUUCGAAAGGGUCUAGAGUUCUUCCUGACUCUGCUUGUGGUGUACGUGUGGUGUACGAUAAGCAGGGCAUCACCUACCUGUUUGAUCUGGACUAUGUGGAUGAUGUCCACACCAUCGAAGCAGCUCGUUACGGAAACAUCUCUCACUUUGUCAACCACAGCUGUGAUCCAAACUUGCAGGUCUAUAAUGUUUUAAUUGACAACUUAAAUGAACGACUUCCCAGAACCGCAUUCUUUGCUAAACGAGGGAUCAAAGCAGGAGAAGAGCUCACCUUUGACUACAAGAUGACUGUUGAUCCAAUAGAUGCAGAGAGUUCAAAAAUGGACUCAGACUUCAGUCGGGCUGGAAAUGUGGAGUAAAGAACUGCCGGAAAUAUUUGUUUUAAUCCAGCUCACACACAAGCAGGUGUACUAUGACUACAUGUCAAGUUCUUUACACAUUUCA